AUGAUCAGACAUAACUGUUACUACCGCAAUGAAGAAAUUCAUAAUCGCCUUGGCAACGAAUUGGUCCAGAUCAUUGUUGGUCCCGAGCUCAAAGAGUUCUUUGCGCAUAAAACUCUCAUCAGAUCAACCUGCGACUUCUUUGAUAAAGCCUUUAAUGGAAGGUUCAAGGAAGGUAUUGAAAACAAGAUGCUUCUUCCCGAGGAUGAUCCGGAAGUUUUCGAAAUCUUCGUCAACUGGAUGUAUUCCGAGCAUCUCAGAGGGGGAUCCAAAGAGCCCAUGCUGAUCAUUAAUAUCUGGAUUUUUGCCCAAAAGUGUCAAGCUAUAACCUUGAAAAACUGCGCCAUGAAUGCUCUACAAGAUGCGCUUGGCGAUGAAAUAAUAAAAUACAACGUGGGGGAUGAGUUCCGAGUAUUUGCGGUCGCGAUGUUGGCGUGGGAGAUUCCGUUUGGAGAUCCAGAAGAUGUUGCUAACUUGGAGAGUAUAUUCAACGACGUUAAUGGCUCAUUUGAAGACGUUUUAGAAUUCACACAAGAUCUUGGAGGGAAGCCUGUUGCUGAUCCAAGAGUUCGCGGCGGUCGUUGUGAUAACUGUGCGUUUUACGAGCAUAACUAUAACGAUGAGCUCGAAUGUAUUAACACACGUGUAUCAACACUGCCAACUGACAGAACUUUAGAAAAUGCUUUACAAAUCAACGAACAAUCUUCGGGCAUUGUUGCAGGUACUCGGCCCUUGGGCACAUCACGAUUCUACUAA